CUAUAUAAGUCACUUGCAUAGUUAUACUGAGCCACACGUCUUUUUUGGUAAAGAAUAAUGAAGUCGAUUGUCCUCCUUGUUCUAACUCUUACUCUGAGUUUGAUAGCAGCAACUACUGCUCAUAGUAAAGACCCUGGUUUACGCAUUGCUGUCUCUUCAAAAGGACUAGACUAUGUUCAAAAGGCUGGCAUAUUCAUCCUUGAGGGUUUACUGGGCAAUACCGUCCUGCCAGAUCUCUCCGGAAAGGUCAAGCUAGAUUACAAGAUUGGUCACGUUACUUUACACUGGACUGUCUCUAAGCUUCACAUAGACACUCUCUCCAUACCUGUGUCUAGUUUGACUCCAAGCCAGUCAGGGCUCACUUUCAAAGCAUCGCAAAUAAGCGUUGAAGUCAAAGGCCACAUACAUACGAGCAACUCCCAUCAUGACAUUAUUCAUGUGAGUGCAAGCACUGAUAUGACAGUGAGUCUUUCUAAUGUAUCUUUUGAUGUUGGAGUCCUACUAACUAGAGAUAGCAAAGGCCAUCCUAAUGUUAGUACAACAGAGUGCUCUGCUUCUGUCUCUAGUGUACACCAUAAGUUUCACGGCGGCUCAAAGUGGGUUUAUAAGACAGUCGAUCACAUUGAGGAUUUUGAUCACAUGCUCUCAAAAAAUUUCCAGCCGGCAUUUUGUAAAGGCGUUAAAAAUGCUAUUAAUCAUCACGGGAAUCAAAUGCUAAAGAACAUACCACUGACUGUCCCAAUUAACAAGCUAGUUGAGGUUAACUAUGCUUUGACUGAUACACCGCUUUAUUCAGACCAAUACAUUGCAAUCGAUUAUAGUGGUGAGUUCCAGUUGAUAUCCAAUCCUCAAGAUCCUCCUUUUAGCCCUCCUUUUCUACCACCUCCGAGCAACGAGAAAGAUCACGAAAUGAUGAGUAUAUGGUUCACUGACUAUAUUGCUAAUACUGCAGGUCUGGUCUACCAUGAAUCAGGAAUACUUUCCUAUAACAUCACACCUGACUCUAUUCCUGAGCAUUCACCAUUAACCCUCAAUACUUCAUCAUUUAGACUCAUUCUCCCAGCGUUGUUUAAAGCCUAUCCUAAUAUGGGGAUUAUAUUGAGUAUUAAAACAACCAAGCCACCUCAUUUCCAAAUUGACUCAAAAGCCGUGUCUCUAUUGCUUGCAAGCGAAGUGAAUGUGUUUGUCAAAUCUAGCACCGUUGCUCCACUUUUAGCAGCCAAGCUUGGACUUACUGGAAGUCUUACAGGUGAUUUGUGGAUGGAGCAUCAUAAUGGGAAAGUUGUGAUGUGUGGAAAUGCAACUUCGCUUGAGUUCGAAUUCAAUGUGAUCUCAUCUGCUGUUGGCACUCUUGAUGUUAAAGGUCUUAAUCAAGUCAUGACGAAACUCGGUGAACCAAUUUUGAUGGAAUUUAUUAAUUUGCAUGGAGGAAGUGGGCUUGAGAUACCAAUGGCUGACGGGAUUGAGCUAACCAAAUCAAAGGUCAUGCUUGGUGAAGGAUACUUGAAGAUUGUUACUGAUAUUAAAUACAACGUGUAAUAAAAACAUUGCAUGCCUUUGAUUCAGCAUUUUAUAUUGUGUGGUAGAUCUAGCUAAAAUUUUAUAGUGUGUGCUGUAUUCAUCUGUGUUGUGGCUACAAAAAAAAUAAUUUUUAAAAAUUAA